UUCUACAUAAAUACAAGAUUACAACAACUCGGUAAUUCAGUAUCAGUUGCUCUACAGAACCAAGUCCAAAGUUUCUGAAAAUUAUUUGAAAAUGGCAACGUUAAUUGCACGUAACAGGAUUUUUCUUUCAAAACAUUUAAUUAAUAGUGUCAGAUGUAUGUCUAACACACAGAAACCAGACUCAUCAAGGUAAGGAUUUUUCUUGUUAGGCCUAAAAAUUAUUUAUAUUUUUUUGACAUCUGGAAUCAACCACCCGUUUAAAAAAAAAAUUGCACUUUGGACUUUGGUCUUUACAAAAGCUGUAGGCCUAUGCCUAUAGUCAUAGUCUAGUAUACUAUAUCCAUAACCUAUGAAAUAUAUAAAAAAAUUAUUUAUACUUAUACUAAUAUUUUAUAUUAAUAUAAAAAGUAUAUGCCUACUGAGCCUAUUGGCCUAUUGUAAAUUUAUUUACUAGUGCCAGUGCACUGGUGGCAAUAGACUCAAUAGUAAUAGCCUAACUGUACUGCUGUAGUAGAACUUUACUUUUAAAUUUUAAGAAUCAAAAUAGUUACCAGUACUUGUACUGGCAGUACCAGUGAAAUGUAUUUUCUCAUUUACCAGUUAAAUGUAAAUGAUAAUAAUAAAGCACUAUCACUAACUCUAAAAGUGAAAAAGGACAUUGAACUGAAUCAAGAUCAGCAUCAUUAAAAAAAAAUAAUAAGUUUAAUGAUACUGAUAUUAUUGAUUCAGUUCAAUGUCCUUUUUCACCUUUAGAGUUAGUGAUAGUGCUAUAUUAUUAUUAUUAUCAUUUACUUUUACAUUUAACUGUUAAAUGAGAAAAUACAUUUUCUUGUUUUACUGAAAACGAAAGGAUUGAACAUACAGCCAGGACAGUGUAAAGUGGGAAAAUAGUUCACCAAAAUAUCUUUUAGAUAGGAAGUUAAUAAUGAAUUAAACGAUAAAAUCCCAUGUAAUUCAUAAACGUUAUAUGUCAAUCCAACUUUUUAAGUUCCCAAAUGAACGAUAACUCUUCCUGCUUCUUUCCUGUUAGAAGUAAGGUAUGUUUAAGUUUGUUCUUACAAUAAUAGUAGCAACUUUUUUUUGCUGUGUGUUAAAACUCUUGUAAACAAAGCUAGACCAUGCCAUAUAGGUUGUCAAGUUUGCAAGCACAAGAGCUUUUAUUGCUUAUUAUCGAUGGACAAUAACUAAGAAUCAUUUGAAUCUGAUUCUGGUGAAGAUUUUCAGUCUUCUGAUGGGUCUGUAGAUUGAACUGGUUGAAGUGAUAGUAUAGUUCUGAGGUUUCAGAUAAUACUACUCAUGUUCCUGCAAAGAGAAAUCAAAGAUUAGGCAGAAAAUAUGCAUGAAGAAUAGCAUCAAGAAGAAGCAUUGCUGCUGUUAGCUAUGAUGAUGACAAAGCUGCCCACCCAAUCAAAGCCAGGGAAAAAAUCCAUCAAGUGCAUGUGAGCGUUUCAGUGAAAACAAGACCCUGGUUGACUAUGUUGGGCAUAUAAUAGCCAAACAUAGCUGCUAUGUGUGCAUCAGAUGCACAGGAAGGCCUCAUCUGUGUGUUAAGGAGUGCUUCAGAAAGGACCACACAUAAAGAAAUUUGUACUAAAGAAAAAUAUUUUGUUAAGAAUGUGUUUGACAUUUGAAAGAAACUGUUUUCUUCAGUUGACGUUAGCAUUACAAAAAUGUGUAAAACCCUGUCAAUAAAUAGAAUAUUUUCAAAAUGUAAAAUGCAUUCUGAUCAUAAAUGAAUAUACUUUUUGGGGAUUGAACCAGAAUAGGAUACCAGCUACACAGACCAUAUAGUAGUCUGAUAAGUUCAGAUUUAUUGCAGAUUUAAAAAAAAAAAAAAUUAAAAUCUCAUAAAAUUAAAACUAUUAUUGUGAUAUUGUUUUAUCUUUUAAAUAUUAUUAUUCACUGUUUAAUUCCUUUCAUUUGAUACAGCUGUCACAAUUCAUUAAUAAAUAAGAACACCCUAAAAAAUUUCUAUUGGCCGAAAACUGAUCUGGCACAAAUGGGGAAACCCUUCUGGCAUGGAAAGAGUUAAUUAAUGCAGUAGGAGUCAAAGUAUUAAUUCAUUUUAAACAAAUGAACUCAAAGUAAACUAAGAAAAGUGUGUUUUUAUUCUUUAUUCUUGCAUUCUAUGAGAAUUAAAGUGCAUUCUAUUCCUUUUUUUUCCAGCCGAGUAGACCCAUGCCAGUCAUCAUCUUUAUUAGAUAUUGGAACAAGGCGAAUUUUCAACUCAGAUCAUGAUAUUUUCAGACAAACAGCCAGAAGGUUUAUGACAGAUGAGAUUAUUCCUAAUCAUGAAAAGUUAGUCAUCAAUCUCCAAUGAUUUCACAUAUUGUACCAAAAUUAUCACUUUAAAGAUACAAUUCAAAUAGUUUACAGGUGCACUUCAUUCUACUGGUUGAAAUUCCCAUUUUUAAUACACCAAUUAGAUUUGUAUUAGUCUUUUAAAGUCAUAUUUUAACUGAAUUAUUGACUUUUGAAAUAUUAUUUCAUUUAUUAUUUAUUUACAUUAGAAGUUUAAAUUGGGAACAAAAUUUCUUUGAAAAUUGAAUUCCUCUUAUUUUUAUUUUCUACUCUAGGUGGGAAAAUGAUGGACAAGUUAGCAGAGAAGUAAGAAUUAGAAAUAGGAUUAACAACUACUUUUAAACAUGUAGGCUACAUCAUCCAAUGUUGCUUUUCGGAUCUUUUUAUCUACAGUAAGAUUGAAUGAAUCUUUUUGGUUCAGCUCUUUUGAAAUAGGCCUAUUAAAAUAAUAAGCCAUACUCAGUUAUAAAACCAACUAAGAAACACCACUAGUUUAUUUUAUAUCAUUGCUUUUGCAGUGCUGGGAAAAAGCUGGACAGAUGGGGCUCCUAGGUGUUGCCACUCCAGAGGAACAUGGGGGUCUAGGAGGGGAUUUCCUCACAUCAUCUAUUGUUAUGGAAGAGCAGUAAGUAGUUUCUGUCAUUGACAACUGAUUUGCAAUAGAAAAUGGUGAUCUAAUGUAUUAAUUACUAGAUUGCACAGUGUUCAGAGAUUUCAGUCAUUCUUCAUUCAUUAUUUUUUGCAGGUCAUAUAGUAACUGUACAGGACCAGGCUGGGCUCUUCAUUCAGACAUUGUAAUGCCCUAUAUCUCUCACUAUGGAACCAAAGAACAAAUACAGAGAUUUUUGCCACAGAUGACUGCAGGCAAAUGUAUUGGUGCAAUUGCAAUGACUGAGCCAAGUGCUGGAAGGUAAUAAAGUUCUCUAAAAAAUCCCAUUGGUUAUUCUUAGAGGUAACUUAUUUAAGUACAUAACAGUAAUAACAGAUAUAUUAGAGAAACCAGGCUACUUUUUUAAUGAAAGCUGGUGUAGCAUUGAGCAGAUGAGUAAUGAUAGCUGUUCCCUUAAGCAUCUUUACCACAUAGAUGGCUUGGCAUGCUAUUUAACGUUGCACCUUUCAGAAGUAGCCCAAAUAUUAGCUGCCAUAAAAUUUACCCAGAAAGUCAUAUUUUUGUAUAGACCAUCGAUACCUCUUAUAUACACUAGUGUAGGGGAAGUCACUUGAUACGAUAAAUUGUCAAUAAUUUAAGUGAAUAUCAAUGGUGAUAACUUGAUAGCCUAUUUAUUUAUUGAUGGUGGAAAAGUCUGACUGGUGAAGUGAUCCUCUGCAUCUCAAUCUGAGAUUUUCCCCCAAUAUUUACCUUAUGUUUUUUCAAAUAUAAAUGUUUAUAUAAGUGACAUUAUUCUUUACAUUCUAACCUCUUAAUUAUGUUAUCAGCUGAAUACUAGUCCAAAUUUUAUAUUUUUCUGAUUCUGCUUUUAAAACCAAAGUUGGUGAUAAAAUCAUGUAUCUGUGAACCUCACAGAUCUUUUACAAUACCCUAGUACUGAUUUCUUUGGUUUUUAAACAGAGACUUUGAGAACUACAUAUUGAUCAGAAUCUUUGAACACAUAAGUUUUACAUUUCUAUUUAUUUGUUAUUUCCUCUCUUGUCUGCUGAAAAAGGUGUUAAGCCGAAUCAUCCUUGUAAUUGUCCAGUCUUUCUUUUUUAAAACCUAAUAAUAUCUUGUUCCAUUAUUUACUGUCUAGUUCCGCUAGGGUAAUAAUAUAACAUAAUAUAAUCUAGUAACUUUGACGAUCUCUUCCAACAAACUCUAACUACUCUGAUGAUGACCACUAAUGAUAACCUGCGAUCUCUCUGAAGAAAACUGCACUGUCCCUGAAGAAAACACCUCUAAUUAUCUCCUGACGAACACUGCCAAAUAUUCCCCUGGUCCUACUGUAUAAAAUCCUCAUGUUUAUUGUCAUGCAUCUUUAACCAAUCACGUUUAGAUCUCACAAAUACCACUCUCACAACCCAUAUCUCAAACACAGUUCACCUUGGACACAGUGAUUCUCAUACCUUGACAGUUGGUUUAUGUAUUCCUGGACACUAAUAUUUUUUCUGAUGCGUCACAAUCUUUCAGCCUUGCUCCUUCCCAUCAUCAGAUAUCAUAAAUUUACCACCAACUUUUCAGCUGCUAUGUAAUACGUGGAUGGCCCCUGACUGCAUAUUUAAGGCCUUCCAUAAAAUACAUUUUUUAUUUCAUUCAAUGUUUAGUGAUUUGCAAGGUGUCAGGACAAAUGCCAAGAAAGAUGGUGAUGAUUACAUCCUCAACGGCAGCAAAGUCUUCAUCACUAAUGGGUACAUGGCAGAUCUGGUCAUUGUUGUCGCCAUCACAAACCCAAAUGCUAAAACUACUGCCCAUGGCAUCAGCUUAUUCUUGGUGGAAAAUGGAAUGAAAGGUUUUAUCAAAGGCAAAAAACUCAAGAAGAUGGGUCUUAAAGCACAAGUAUGUAUAUUUUUAUUUAUUUUUUUUAAUUACUCUUCUAGUAUCUACCAGACAUGCAUUUAUUUAUUUUUAUUGUUAACAUGAAAAAUGUGUGUUUGUUUUAAAUUGAUCAUUUUGAUUCUAUUGGAAUUUAAACUCACCCUCCUUGGCCUGAGGCACUGGGGACUUAUCUAUAGAUCUUCAUUGGAUCUUUAAAUGUUUUAAACGUACAUAGGGUGUUUUUAAAAUCAGGACGUUGGAGUAUGUAAUUAGGGUGUAUUUUGGGUUGUGCUGGGCCGUUGAAGAGCUCAUGCAGUACUUCCCGUAAUAAAGAUAUUUUAUAAGUCUGUUUCCUUAAGUAAGUAAUCCUGUUUUUCAAUAAUAAAGAUUUUGUUCAAAAUAAAUUACCUGUAUAUCACACAUGAUCAUGAUAUCUAUGUUAAUAAAUACAUUUUAAAAAAAUACAACUUGAAAAAUAGCCACCAUCUAAUCUUAAUUUCUGUACCAAUAGCAUUUACGAGCUUGUCCAAUGAAGUAGAAUAAUGCUGUCAUAUGUCAGCUUCACAGCAUCCUACCAAAUAUUUAGCUGUAAUGUUUUAGAUAAUUAAUUUCUUUAUGAGCAUGGAUAAUUUAUCUUGAACAGUUUUUAUUACCUUUCAGUAAAUUUUAUAGGGAUUUUCCCAAGAUGGCUAAAUGUGUAUUUGUUUGCUCUGAUAACAGGACACAGCUGAAUUGUUCUUCGAGGAUGUUCGACUGCCCAAAUCAGCUUUGCUCGGGGAUGAAAACAAAGGAUUUUAUUAUCUUAUGAAUGAGUUGCCACAAGAGAGGCUGCUCAUUGCAGUGAUGGGUAUGGCUAGUUGUGAGUUCAUGUUUGAAGAGACAAGGAAAUAUGUUCGAGAAAGGAAAGCCUUCGGCAAGACUCUCUCUAAAUUACAGGUAAGGCAGUCUACUGAAAUGAUUUUAUAA